AUCAGACUCAUUGACAAAAAAAAAUGGAUGAAGACCUAAUUCUACGCGAAUUAGUUAAAAGUCUGGCGUUUGAAAUAGAGGCUGUAAACCAAGAUAAUGUGUUAACGUGGACUACUACCAACGGCACCCCACUCAAUGUUAAAGUGAGAGUGAGGAACAAAGAUGAACCGAGACUGAUCCAAAAAGGUGUGAUACCUGUUCCAAGAAUUGGCAUUACCGCACCCGAAAAACUCAGACUUACUUCUAGCGAUCAGACCAUUCUGUCAUUCAACGUUUAUUUGGAUGAUGAAUCAGAAAAAGGGCCAAAACGUCACAAUGGUUUAAAACUGUUUAACAUUGGAAACUGCCUAGGAACAUAUAGCGAUGAUGAAGGACCAUAUUUACCGAGUUCUUCCGAACAAAAUGCCGUGGAAAGUGGCCGUUGCAGCAAAUCGACCAGCGGCAUCCUUAGAAAGAAGGUGUCGCCAGUUCUCAGCUCUAUAAAAACAGUUCCUCACACUCAAAAAAGAUUUUUUGGCAAAUGCAAACCAGGAGGAUGCCUUGAUCCACCCUUUGAUGAACCUAAUUAUGCUUAUAGCCUCGCAAAAGCAGAUCGUCAAGAAAACCUACAAGUCGAAUGUAAUAAGCUUGACGAUAAUAAAGAUGCUUGUGAACAAGGUGGAUGCCUCGACCCACCUUUUAGUGAAGAUAAAUACCCCUACACUGUUUCAACAACGCAUCAACCAGUGAAACUAGAAUUGACACCGCAAUCCACCAAGGACGAAAAACAAAUACUCAGUAACAAAUCUUCAGAAGAACGACAUAAAACACUAGAUAAGAAAACAAUAAAUGAAGAAGAUGAUUCGAAAAAACUUAUGGAUAUUUAUGCAACAACUCCGAGACAAAACUCACUGGAGGCAAAAUAUUCACAUUCUAUUAUAACAUAUCCUACUGAUGUGUCUUCUAAUGAAACGCUAUAUGAUCAAAUUCCGCAUAAAAAACUAUCUAUAAAAAGCAAUGAUGAUGAAGCACAAAAGCAAAGUUAUGAUUAUCCAGUAUCAUAUUUCGUACCUCCAAAAGAUGUUAUGAGAUAUAAAGAGGAACAACGUAGGUAUAGUAGGAGGCUUUCGUCUGUCACAAUUGAAAAAAGCAGUAAAAAAAGUACAGCCCAUGAUAAGAUAGAUAAAAUAAAAAGUAUGGAACAUGUUUAUAUUCCUCAGUAUGUGACACCUUCAAAAGAUGUACAGAGAGAGCAAAUGAAAUCUAAUAAUUCUGAUGAUGCUGCUUUUAAAAAUUACUAUAGUAAACAAUGCGACAUUGUGGGAACUGAACAAGAAAACACGAGUAUUGUGGAUAUUCCACCAUAUGUUGCCACGAAUUCCAAAAAAGUUGACAAUUGUCAAAAUUCUCUUGAUAAAGAACCUGCAUCAAAAUAUCUAAGGUCCACUGAAAGUAAUCGUAACAAGAAUGAAAAUGAGCAUCUUGUAUCACAACAAAUAGUAUCACCAAUCGACAAUCAGAAAUUAUAUUAUGAAAAAACUAGAAACCCCGAAGUAAAUAUUGGUAAAGAAAAUGUGAAGACAAAACCCAAUGAUGAUAAGCCAAUAGUCGAAAAAGCUGAUAUAGGAAAAGACUUUCUCAUAAAGUCUACCGAACAAAAACUUGAGAAUCAUGAAAAUGAACCAAAAAAUGUAUCACCGCAAAGUAUUUCAAGUAGUGAAAAUAAUGAAUUUGAUGUAUCUUCCGGACAUAGUAUAGAUUUUAAGCAAGAACUUUCAAAUAACGUGGAAACUCGUAACCCAGAAAACACGUUAGAUCACGAAGAAAAACAAGAGUUAUUAGCUGAGCGCAUGAACUUUACAAGUACAAAUAAUAUCAUAGUUGGCGAAAAUAUUUCGAAAGAUGAUUAUAUUAAGUCAGACCCAGAAUCAGAAAAAAGAAGAACUAGCACAAUUCUUCAGAAAAAAACGUUAUCGGCGAAACGUGACUUGGAUAUGGAUUACGAUGAUAUUAAUAAAACAGCUCCACUUAAACGUAAUACAUUUACGGUUAUUGCAUCUGAUACCUCAAUACAAAAAAGCGAAGAGAUUGAAGCAAUACCAGAAAACAUAACAGACAUUCAUUUUAAAACUACUCCGAAUUUUACUAAAAAUAACACAGUUAUUAUAGAUAUAAAUAACAAAAAACUUGAAGGUGAGGUAACUUCAACCCCAAAAAUCAUCCAGCCAGGAACAGUAAAAGAUUUACAUUCAAAAGUCAGUGAUGAUAAUAAAGCAACAGAGAUAGAUUCACGCACGAAAGAAUUGGAAAGUGUAUUCUAUACUGAUGUUGAUGGAAGUUUAUCACAUACACACUCAGAAAAUUUCACUAAUAUGAACCAAACUAGUAAUCAAACUAAACCCAAUACUACAUCAACCGAAAACGAAAUAAAUACUGAUUCAUUACGUAACCGUUUACCACCAUAUGUUAGUGAUAUAGAUACACACAUUGUUGAAACUGUCCAAAGCCCGCUCAAAAUAGAAAGUGAAAACAAGAAUUUAAAUAACAAGGAGAUGGAAUUGUUACAUAAACCAGAACAUAUACAGGACUUCUAUCUAAUCAGUGAAAACGCAAAAUCUUUAGACAUAGGAACAAAUGAUAUGGAAAGACCCAGCGAGUCCGUGAAAGAUUCAUUACAAAAAACUAUACCCGAUAAUAUACAAAAUUUGCAUGCAAAAGAUUCUGUUAGUGAUAAAUCAGCUAUAAAUCAAGAAACAAAUGUAUUUUUAUCCAAAAGAGAAUCGGAAAAGAUAUUGAAUACUGACUCUAACAUAUCUGUACCAAAAAAUAACACGGAUAAUUUGCGUUCAAAAAUGAUGACCGAUAGCAAAUUCUUUGCCGAUCCAACUAUGGAAAAUUUAUCAGAAAAUGCAAGAGAUUUCUAUCCCGAAAUUAAUUUUGAUGAUAAUUCUGCAUCAUUUACUAAAAACCUCGAGCAACCCGAACUAAUGGGUAUGAAAGACAUCAAAUUGAAAAAUGGGAAUAAACUUAAUAGCGAUGAUAUGGAUGCAUCUCAGAAACUUCUAACAAAUAAUUUACAUACUGAGAAUGGUAAAUAUUUUCCCGUUGACUCUGCAAGGCUCUCGAAUGGCAAUGAAACGCACGUGUUUGUACCUGAACUUGUUCAAAAUUUAAGUGAUAAAAAAAAGCAGAUGGAUUUCGAUUAUGAAAAGCUGGAAAAGGUAAAACGUGAUGACACAACUACAAAUUUCGUACCAAUAAUAACAUCAGAAAAUGAAGAAAAUGUGCAAAAUCAUACUACUGAUGACGGGAGCCAUACAAGAUUUGGACAAAUAUAUGAUAAGAAUAAGAUUUUAAAUACACACAGUAAUGAAGAACCAAAGCAAACAAAUCUUACUCAAAACGUACCAGAAUUGUCAAACUUUGAAAAUGAACUUUUUGAGACCCAAGAAUUCGUGGAAUACAAUAAUUACGGACUAGUAGAUAAUAAAGAAAUUGUAACAAGAAGUAGCUUACCCUCUGGUGGAUAUUCAGGCUUAUUAAGUGAGGUUUUAAGCAAUAUUUCAGAAGACAGAGAAGGAGAAGAGGGUAUUAACGUAAAAAGACAAUAUUUAACUGAAGCUACUGGAAGACGUGAGGAUUUUACAAAACUAGAUAUUGAAGCUUAUCGUGAUUACGAGACGAUUGACAAUGAAUUUACAAGUAUCUCUAAAGAAUCAGAACCUAAUAGCAUGGUGUCAGAAAUCGCUGUUGGCAGUAAUCUUCCUCAUAAAGCAAAGGACGGCAGUUAUAUUGCACUAAUAAAUAACUUUAUCAAGAGUUCCGUAUCAACAUUAAAAGACAUUGAUUACGACAUGCACAAGGAAACGAACCCGGGAACAUUCAAAACUAUACUAAAAAUAAGUCAGUCUAAUUCCAUUGAUAAGGACAACGCUCAGUUAAAUACAACUACAGAUGUAGAUCAGUUAAACACAACUAAUAUGAUUGACAAACCUAGUGAAUACCAAUCGUCUCAAAUACCGGCCUCCAAACAUGAUUUAAUCGGGUUGAACAAGGAUAAUAUUAGAGCAAAACCUAUUAGUCCUUACGGGCAGACCACACAUUAUCAACAAGUUCAACAACCCAAUCUAACCAAAUCACAAGAGCUACAAGAAUCCAAUAUUGUUGCGACAGAAUCAUCUUUUUCCAGAAAAGGUACAAGUCCACUUUAUGUAGAUAUGUCGUUUUAUAGUUAUAUCAACGACAACAAACAAAGGGUUGUUCAAACACAAAUCCCACUUACUGACAAACAAAAGCCUGAUGACGGCACAGUUACUAUAGUAAAAACAUUAAUACGACAUGGAAAUGAAAUAAGAAUACCUGUGGACAACGAAAAUGAUAUCUCUUUGAACAUUUUGGACAAAGACGUAAGAGUGGAGAAAAGGAACAGUAUUAUCGGAUUGCCAACUCAUCGUGAAAAACACGUUGUUGAUCGCGCAAAAAAACACAAAGACUGUCUCAACAAAAAUUUAGCUUUGAUAUAUGAAAGCGAAUUAAUUCCUCUGCACGCUGCCAUCAAAGACCUAACACAAGAAGUAAAUACGCUAGCAUCAAAACAAGAAAUACUUCAAAUGAGAAUGCGAAAUACUAAACGGACAAAGUCUUUGAGACUGAUUCCCGUUGUUAAAAGAUGUGGAUGCAAGAGAAUUUAGCGAAAUUAUGGUUAC